CGUCCCGGAAGCGAAGGUGCGGGGGCGGAAGCCGAUCGUUGGUUCCAAUUUAAAUUGUCGGCGUUUCCCGCUCACGGGGCUGGACUCCCCGCAGCUGCAGGCCAUUUAAAAAAGUCGGUGUGUCAGGCUCUGGCGCCUGACUGAUUAGCAGAUUUAAAAAUAUGUAGGAGUGAAGUAAUGUCUGCUGCAGAUCUUCAAGUUACAUUGCGGAAUUCUCUGGAAGGAACAGGUGACAAUUCCCAGGUUGUUCAACUGAAAAGUAGUAUGGGGUCAAAGAAUAUUAUUCCAAAGUUACCUUCUCGAGAAAAGCAAAAUCCUGCUCAUGAAAUCAAAAGUUUGCAGAAUACCAUUGCAGAGCUCCAUAAUCAGAUUAAACACCUGCAACCUGCGGAUGGGAGUUUCAAUCCUACAGAUCUCAGGUGGAGACUGAAUAAAGUGGAAAAAGAAAAAUUGGAACUAGUCAGCAGAUUUAAUGAAGAGUGUUCAGCAUUUGAAAGUCAAGUUGCUAAGUUGCGAGCUCAGCUGGAAAAAGGAGAGGCAGUGCGACAGACCCUGGAAUACGACUUAGCUGUAGCCAAGAAGGAAGCCAGUGUGGUGCGAUCUACUUCUGAAGAGAGAAUAGAAGCUAUUCACAAAAUACAUGCACAAUUGAAAGUACAUAACUCAGAACUUCAGCAGAAAGUGGAAAAUUUGGAAAAGACCUUACAAGUUUUGCAACAAGCAAGAGAGGAUGAGCAAGAGAGAUUCCAAAGCGAACAAGAGGAUCGAGAAAAGAUAAUUAAGAACUCAAUAACAGAAAAUGAACUCCUGAUAGCUGAAAGGAAUCGAAUUGAUGCUAUCUUGCAGGACCAGGAGCAAACGUUCGUUCAGUUGCAAAAGCGAUUAAAAGAGCUAGAAGUUGAGCGCAGCAAUCUUUCUGAUGCUUUACGAAGACAGGCAAAAGAAUUUGAGUAUAGCACUGAUCGAGAGGAGCGUCUGAAAACAGAGCUAGAGGUUGGACAACAAAGGGUUAAAACCUUGGAAGAAAAUAUUGAGGCAGAGAGAGCUGCCCAUCUGGAAUCAAAGUUUAACUCUGAAAUCAUUCAGUUACGGAUCCGUGAUCUUGAGAAUGCUUUGGAAGUAGAAAAAUCAAGCCACGCAAAUGCUGUGUCAACUUUGGAACUGAUCAAGCAACAACUCAGGGAAGUUGAAUUCUCAUAUGAAAGGGAAAAAUCAAAAGUUGUGGAAUUUACAAAUCAGUUACAGAAAUUACAAAAGGAAAGUACUGUUACAAAAACUCAAUUGACCGCUGAGUUGGAAGAAAAGAAUGAUGUGAUUGCUGAUCUUUCGAAACAACUGCAAAGACGUGAGGAAAGUUUUGAAAAUCUUCGGGAUGAAUUAACAAAAGUAACGAAGCAUCAUGCUUUCCUGGAAGAAGCAUAUGGGGGCAGCAUGAGAGAGCUGGAACUUCUUUUGGCCAAUUUUGCUGUGUCAGGACCACGGACAUCAGUCGAUCAAAGGGACAAAGAGAAAAGGUUAAGCCCCUCUGUUGUCCUUGAAAAUUUGAGACAAACGUUGACAGAUUACCAGAGCAAGCUGGAGGACUCGUCUAAUGAGCUAAACAGAGUGAAGGAUUUAUAUGACAAGAUAAAUGAGCAGUGUGAGGCUUACAAAGAAUUGAUUUGGUCACGAAAUGAAAAUUGUGAGAAAAUUCAGGAAGAAUUAGCAGAAGCAAAUAAAAAGUUGAAUCACUGGCGAAACGAAUGUGUCGGAAAGGAUGCGCUUAUUGAUAGUUUGAGCCUGGACCUACAAAAUAUGAAACAUUGUUUUGAAAUGGAGAAAAAUUCUAUUGUUGAAACUAAAAGUGAAAUUCAAAAGAUCUCACGGGCUCAUCAACAGGAUACAGAGGAAAAACUGGCCUUCCUUCACAGCUUGUACCAGCGUCUAAUGGCAGGAUGUGUAGUCAUGAAACAACCAGAUGACAUGCUGGCAAAAUUCUCCUGGACAGAGCUAUGCUCUAUUCUGCAAGAAAAUGUUGAUACCCUUAUUUCAGAUCUUAACAAGGCCAGUGAAAAGGAGUCAUAUUUGGAGCGUAUCUGUCGGAAUAAGGAAGAAGCAAUACAGCAGCUUCAGCAAAACCAAGAAGUUACCUUCAAUAAACUAACUGAACAAAUGAAGGAACGAGAGGCUAGCUGGCAAAAACAGAAGAAUGAAAUGGAGCGGCAUUAUUCUGUACUCCUUGGGGAGGUUCAUUCAAGGGCACAGUCCUGCUAUCUUGGAGCAGAAGAAGCCAAAGAAAAAGUUUCCAGUCUGACAAAAGUCAAUGAUCAGUUGACACUUGAACUGUCGCAUACAAAGAAACUAUUGUCUCAGAAACAGAAGGAACAUGUUGCUUUACAUGCGGCUUGUGCUCUGAUGGCAGGUGCAUUGUAUCCAUUAUACAAUAGAUCCUGUGAGUUGUCUGUGCAGAAAGACUUCCUUACAGAACAAAUGAACACAUGUGAAUAUUUCAAAAAUGAAAUCAGGACCGUUGUCCAAAUUCUUUCUCUGGAAGAGAAUCCUGGCAAAUCAAAGAAAAGGAAGAAACCUCAAAGAGGAUUGAUUCAGGUUUUCAGAAAAAGUGUUAUUGCUGUAAUGGCAGUCAACAGACUUCAAGCCUUUGGUCGUGGAUGUAGGCCACUAUUUACAUGGAGUGAAGGAAUAAAGAACAAACCAAGACUUGCAGUUUUCUCUGGCUGCACAACGUCCUGUGUCUCUAGAUCAAGACAAGAACAAGAGCAGAACCAAUUUAUGAAGUCUGUUGGAUGGCUUUCAAGUUCUGAGCUAUUAACUGCAAUAGUUGAUUCUAUGUCUGAAUUACAAGUUAUGAUCACUAAAGCACACACAAAUCAUCUUUCAAACUGGCCAAUGGAAAAUGCAGCCAAAAAUUCUUUCUCAAAAUUCAUGGACAGACUAAGUGUGGAGAUGGAAAAUGUUUCUCUUUGGUGUGGCAGACACAUCGGAUAUGAGCAUAAAAAAUCAUUAGUACAAUUAUUGGGCUCUGGACUAUGUAAAGUCAAUACCAAGGCAGGAAAAGAAGGAUGUCAGGUCACUAUGCCAAUAAAGCAAUGUGUGGAAGUAUUGAAGAAGCAAAUCCUUGAGUUUACUCAGAGGUUGCAUGCUGCUGAAGUAGAACGACGUUCAUUGCGUUUGGAACUCACCCAACUCAAAAAUUAUGUGAGUGACUUGAAAAGAGAAACAGGAAAAGCCCACAACCUGGAACAGCAGCUGAAUAACCUCAAGCAGUCGCUGAAGACCCAGAAGAUGGUUCCAUUUGAGAGAUUUGGCAGUAUUUGUGAAGAGCUGAAUAAUGCCUUGCAAAGGGAGCAGCAGGCCCAGCUUCUGUUAAAUGAUCAAGUUCAUCAGAUGCAAGAGUUAAAUCUACGACUGGAGCAACAGUCAAGUGGAGAAGCUGAGAAGAAUCAAACACUCUCUGAGGCUGUAAUGAGUCUCUCCGAAGCAAAAAUGGAACUGAGGAGAAAAGACCAGUCUUUGCGUCAACUAAACAAAAAUCUCUCACAGCUGGAGCAAGAUAAACGCCAACUUGAAGAGAGUAUCCAAGAUGCAGAAAACGCCUUGUGCAAGGCUGCAAAAGACAGAGAACACUUGAUUAAUUACCUGAGAUCUUUGGAUGUUGCCUUUCAACAGGUCAGAGAUCAGAUCUCACUGUCAUGGUCUGUGACACCAAGAAACGACUUUACCCUGCAGCUCCCUAAACUGCAACUGGAAACCGUGGUAUCAAAGGGGCCAAAGGAUGGGCUGGAGGUUACAUCAUUGCAGAACUUAACCCAGACUUUUAUGGAUAUUUACCAGCUGGCUAGCUCCAGGGUUGCUGCUCUGGAAGCAGAAGUCACUUCACAUCAAAAGCACAUCGGGGCUCUUAAAUCAGAACUUCAGACUGCAUGCCUGCGUGAAAAUAAUGCCUUAGUUCCAUUAAUUAGGACUCAGUUGGACCAGCCACUUGCUUCCCAUUCUGAAAUGCUGUUGCUGCAGGAGAAGAGUGUGAGCCAGGACUUGGCACCCCUGCAGGCCGAAAUGGACACCUCAUACAGCGUUCUGAGAGAGAGGUCAAGGAACAGCAGAGCACAUUCACGUUCCUCAAUUUAUUCUCUUCAUGUCAGUUCAACCACGGAAUCCUUGCGAGCAGUGCAGAAUGGUUUCUACAGCACAUUUAGAUAACAGCUUGGAAGUCUAUUUCAAUACAUGCCUGAGUUAAGUAAACAUCUCUUGUUGAAUGGCAGUCAUGAGCAAUGCUGUAUAUUCAGGUGAUCACCAAUGUAUUGUGCAUAUCAUUAUUAUUUGGUUUUAAUUUUUUAUUUUGCAUAUAACUGUAUUUUAAAUGCAAAAAACACAUUUAGAGUAGUUUUGCUUAGGUUUAAAAUCAAUAAGUCAUUUUAGUCUCUAUCUAUCAAAGUUUUUAUACAUGUCUGUUUUAAAUUGGGAUACAGCACUUUAAUAGGAUCGCUAAAGCUAUUUGAAGUGUAUACCAAUGAUUCCUGUCAUUUCAUGGCAGCACUGUCAUGGUUCACUGAGCCCCCUCUUCGCUCUUGUCAACCAAACUGAAGACAAGCAUUUAGUUGCAAACUUUAAGCAGGUUAUGCAGAGUGGAGAGGAUGUGACUAGUUCUUCUCAUCACAAUAAUGUCAUUCCUGGUCAGUGUGAGAUUGCCUCUCUUUGAGUUACAUGAUGAUAGCAUUGUGCAGCUGUAGGUACUGAGUUAACAGCUGGAUCUGGUCCCUGCAGGCCCCCAGCAUCAACCUUUCACCAGAAAGGUGAAACAAAUAUGCUUGGAGGACUAAAGAUGACACGUAUGUGGUGCACAAGGCGAAUGCCUGAAUCAGUGUCAUUAUUGCAACUAAUCCAAUUACUAUGCUUUCAAAUACUUAAAGUAAUUUCUUUGGCCUUGGUGCAAAAGUGAAACAGGAUUCUUAAACUGGACUACUGCAGUUAAAAUCGUCUCACUGACCACAAGCCCUGUUGUAGCACUCCCAGAUUUCACUGCCAGCCUGUUACCAAGUGCAAUGUUUCACAGCAGAACAACCUGGUGUCAUUCCCUCCAUCCUGUAUUACAACGUGCCCUUUUUACUCAAGCAAUGGAGUAUGCCUCCUAUUCCCCCUCGACUGAGGGGAAACAUACUGAAACGCAAAUUUAUACAUGAGAGCAAACAAAAAGGUGAAUGGAGUAAAUCAAGUAAGAAGAAUGUAAUAUUUUUGAAAUCCCUAGGUUGAUUAACCUUUUUUCCAUCAAACGAUACCACCUGCAAAAAAAAGGUCCAGUGUUAGAACACGAGCAGUUGCCCUGCAUUUUCUGCUUUGUAGCACACAGAAGGAAAAAGCGCACGUCAGGCCAAGAUGUCAGUGUGUUGACAGCAAGCCCCUGUGACAUUUCAGCUCGAAAGAGCAAAUGUCUUGCAACCAACUGGUCAAAUAUCAAAUAAUAGGUCAGGCAGGAAGAAGCUGAGUGGUAACCACGAGCCGAUUUCUGGUAAUAUAUUUGACAAGCUUUUAGGUGCCUGUAAUUUAUGAAGUGAUAUUCAGUUGGUCACCUUGUGCCUUGCCUAAUGUUCUCAAUAAGUUAUUUAAUACUAACUAAAGCUUUUAGCCCUCAGAUGUAAGCAGUAUUUUUACCAAAUGUUUGAGGAGGAAUUUGCAUCAGUCAAAAUGGAAUUCUGUGCCAAUU